GCCGGCGCCGAGGCGUGCUGCGUGCUGCUGGUGUCCAACCUGCCGGCCAAGGGCUGCUCCGGCCGCGACAUCGCCGGCCUGGCGCGGCCCUUCGGGGGCCUGCGCGACCUGCUGGUCGUCUCCUCCCACAAAAAGGAUUGGGAUGGAUGGGUGGGACGGGGUCAGGAUUGGGAUGGAUGGGUGGCACGGGGUCAGGAUUGGGCGGGCGGGCAGCGCUGCAGCCCCGUCCCGCAGGCCGGCGCCGAGGCGUGCUGCGUGCUGCUGGUGUCCAACCUGCCGGCCAAGGGCUGCUCCGGCCGCGACAUCGCCGGCCUGGCGCGGCCCUUCGGGGGCCUGCGCGACCUGCUGGUCGUCUCCUCCCACAAAAAGGCGUUCCUGGAGAUCCCCUGCGCGGCUGCAGAGUCCAUGGUGAAGUUCUACGGCUGCUUCCCCAUGUGCCUGGACGGGAACCAGCUCCAGAUCCGGCACGAGCCCCGGCACCGCAGCCUGCGCGACGAG